AUGGGUUUUACUACCCUUGCAUAUACUCCUGUGGCCACCUCUGGCCGCGGCGUAAAAAACCCGAAGGAAGACUCCGAAAUCCACAAGAGAAGAAUCGAAGCUUCCGUCAGCUUCUCAAACCAACCAUCAGCACCAAGCGUCUUUGAUUCAGCCUCUCGGCAACAGAGCCUGCCGCCAAGGACUGAGGGAAAGAGGAGGAAAGAAGCAAGAAGGUCUGCAAAGGACGGCAACAAGGAGAAGGAGGACCAAAAGGAGGAACUGGACACCAGAAAGAAGAAACUGGACUCAGAAGAAGGACCUGGACACAGAAAAGAAGAACUGGACACAGAAAGAAGACGGACACAGAAAGCAAAGAACUGGUACUCAGAAAGAAGACCGGACACAGAAGAAGGACUGGACACAGAAAGAAGAAACCGGACACAGAAAAGAAGGGGACUGGACUCAGAAAAGAAGACCGGGGACCACAGAAGAAAAAGACUGACACAAAGAAAGAAGGAACCGUACACAGAAAGAGAACUGGACUCAGAAAGAAGGACCGGACACAGAAAAGAGAAAGAAGAACGCGGGGGACUCAAAAGAAGGGACUGGACACAAAGAAAAGAAAGACCUGGGACAACAGAAGAAGACCGGACAAAACGAAAGAAACUGGCUUCCAGAAAGAGACCGGACACAGAAAGAAGACCCGGGACAACAGGAAAGAAGGAACUGGACUCAGAAGAGAAGACCGGACUCCAGAAAGAAGACUGGGACCAGGAACAAAAGGAACUGGACACCAGAAAGAAGGAACUGGAAUGCAGAAAGAAGAAACUGGACACAGCAAAGGACUGGACUCAGAAAGAGAACUGGACUCAAAAGGAAAGAAUACUGGACACAGAAAGAAGGAACUGGACAUCCCAGAAGAAGAGUGGACACAGAGAAAGAAGGACUGGACUCAGAAAGACGGAUUCAGAAAGAAGACUGGACACAAGGAAAGGCAGGAACUGGACAACAAGAAAGGCAAGGACUGGACUCAAAGAAGAAGGACUGGACACAGAAAGAAGACUGGACUCAGAAAGGAAGACUGGACUCAGAAAAGAAGACUGGGACACAGGAAAGAAGACUUGGACUCAGAAAGAAGACGGACACCAGAAAGAAGACUUGGACUCAAGAAAGAAAGACUGA